UGGGAAUCGCAAAGAACAUCCUGUUACCCCAUUCACAAGAAACAGGAGAACGCGAUCAGUGUAUGCAUUCCUCGGCAUUCAAACGUCAUAUUCACGCCAAGCAUCAGUCGUUGGAUCAAAUGGAUAAUGGAGACUGGGGAUUCAUGAUGACUGAUCCAGUCACACUCAAUGUCGGGGGCCAUGUACACACGACGUCGCUGUCCACGCUGAAACGUUAUCCUGACUCCAUGUUGGGUGCCAUGUUCCGAGGCGACUUUCCCACUGCCAGAGACUCGCAGGGUAACUACUUCAUCGAUCGCGACGGAUCUCUUUUCCGAUACAUACUAAACUUCCUGAGGACAUCAGAACUAACCCUUCCCGUAGACUUCAAGGAAUACGACCUGCUUCGGAAAGAAGUCGAUUUUUAUCAGAUCGAACCUUUAAUACAGUUUCUAAACGACCCCAAACCUCUGUACCCCACGGACACCUUCGAAGAAGUCGUCGAACUGUCUAGCACCAGGAAACUGUCCAAGUACUCCAAUCCCGUCGCCGUCAUUAUCACCCAGCUCACCAUCACCACCAAGGUGCACGCGUUACUGGAGGGGAUCGCCAACCACUUCACCAAGUGGAACAAGCACAUGAUGGACACUCGGGAUUGCCAGGUCUCCUUUACUUUUGGGCCUUGCGAUUACCACCAAGAGAUCUCCCUCAGGGUCCACCUGAUGGAAUACAUCACCAAGCAAGGCUUUACGAUCCGGAAUACCCGGGUCCAUCAUAUGAGCGAACGGGCCAACGAGAACACAGUGGAACAUAACUGGACUUUUUGCCGGCUAGCAAGAAAGACGGACGACUGACUGAGCUUGGGCCGUUGCCUUUGAUGGAGGCUUUGAUCGGAAUCCUUGUUCUCUAAUAAAGCAAGUGCCGUUUUGCGCACCUAUUUAUUGAUAGCGACUGUGACUGAAUAGAACUUCAAACUUGGCUCCUGUAAUCCAGCCCGCAUGCAUGUGCCGGAAAAUGGAAGUCAUCCAUUCAGUAAUGUUCUCCAUGCUAUAGUGUAGGCUUCCAGACCCUUAACAUAGCAAUUGCUCUCCUCUCUGCUCAUGCAGAAUGCUGAUGUGCAAGUGGCUUGUGCGU